GAAGCCCCCGUGCUUCAGCCUCGGCUCUGCCCUUCCCAUCUCCCUCCAUCAUCCAGCAGUCUAGCCCCUACUUCACCCACCCAACCAUCCGCUACCACCACCACCCUGGACAGGAUCCCCUGAAGGAAUUUGUGCAGUUUGUCUGUGCUGAUGGCUCAGGGCAGGCCGGCGGACAGCCAAACGGGAGCGGCCAGAGCAAAAUGCCAGGCUCCUUCUUGCUGCCUCCACCUCCCCCAGUGGCCCGCCCAGUGCCCCUCCCCAUGCCCGACUCUAAACCCAACAGCACACCCCCUGACGGCGGACUCUCCUCGCCCGCAUCUCCGUCAUACUCCACGCCAGGCACCACAGCUCCCAACAGGUUUGUCGGCAUCGGAUCACGGGACAACAACUUUCUGAACAUCCCGCAGCAGACACAGUCUUGGUUCCUCUGACAAGAAUCUGUGUUCAAACCAGCAAGUAGAGUUCUUUCUUUAUAAUCUGAAAUGAGAGAAAAAGAACAGAGAAAACAAACCGCAGCAGGAUAAUAAUAACUGUCCUCCAACCAYCCCACCGACCAGCCCUGACAGCACUUCUCACCUGAUACGAAAUACAACAGCCGCACAACACAUCCCGUGGAACUCUGGACUUGUUCACGCAGUCAGAGGGAGGACCCAGUUUGAGCAAAGAUUGAGAGAGGGAAAGAUGAACAGAUGGGCAACGAGAACGGAAGGAUGAGAAACGGAGGUAAGGGGACGGCAGCGAGCACAGGCCUCCUCAAACCAGCAGCAGCGCAACGGGAGGAUGUGACAGCGGCCGACUCCUCCUGCUUUGUAAGGACUCAUUUAGUGAUGAACGGCUAAGAGAAUCAACAGUCCAGCAAAUGCAGAUCCAAUGGUUUCCAGUGACAACUACAACCCAUGCUCCUGUGUCAAAAGCCACAACCCAAAACCUAUCAAUGAGUUCUGUCCCUCCGACUGAUGACGACACCAGUAGCGAGCAGGACGCCGCGCCAAAACACGUCUUGGAAUCAGUUAACACUAGUAUUGACGAUGUGCACUAUUUUACUCGCAAGGCAUGGGAGGUAACCCACACCUUCCUGACAAAAAGAGGAAAAAAAUCAAGGUACAAGAAGCUUCUCGUGUCCUCGUCCCCACAGAGUCCAGGUUAGCCAAUCACUGCUCACUCUCCUGUCUCCCCUCAAUCAGAAAGUCCUCACUACUCAGCUUCAUAUUCACAAUUAUGAUUUUCUUUCUCCGUAAGCCCAGAAAACUCCUUUGACCAGACACGAUGCUCACAAUCACCAUUUGAUUCUGGACACUAUUCACCCCCUAUUGGCAGCAGCUAUGGGUUUACUAACGUAGUUGAAUGAUGAAUAUUUGUCCCUUUUGUCUUUUCUUAUUUAAACUGAGUCCUUUUUGCAUUUGUGCUACUUUAUAAGAAUUGUUUUGUAUUUGAAUGGCAGCACCUUAACGCAGUAAGAAGUGGUAUGUUGAAGCAGCAUACACAGAUCCGUUGGCUAAGCCCAGAUUAAGGAGUGUGUGUAAAAAUGUGGAAAAUAAGGCCUGUGUGCUUUUUGUUUUUAGAUGUGAAAACUGYUAUCACUCACAUGUCGAGCUCUGACAAACAGCUCAUUUGAUUUGAGACUGUUUAAAGUAGUCAUAAGAAAAUGAGUAUUUUUCAAGCAUCCCAGUGAACAAUAGACACAAUUUUAGUGAUGGAAAAUAGUUUGGCUCUCAUUUGGGCCCUGUCCACACUGGAUACUUUGCAGAAAUAGACAUUUCUGUUGUUUUCGCAUCUUAUCUAUACAGAAAUUAAGUUUUUAGAAAAAAAAUAUUUUAUUAAUUAUUUCCAUAGUAGAYUAUAGUUAGGAAACUAUAGCGUAGAUGCUUAUUUCACAAUUAAUCUUAGAAACCAAAACAACAAUGGUGCCAUUUUGUAAAUUUUUCCACUUCUACUAAAUGCUAACAUGAUCAGUGUUUUUAACGAUAACACCAACACUGAUAUUUUGCAAAAUAUCCCUAUGCAAACUGCAUUUUUGGUGAGAAACAACAAAUAUUUUUAGAGAUCUUUAGCCAUGCUCAGAAUCUUCUUUGGAAUGUUGAGGCGUUAUUAAUGUUGACUGUAUUGCCAUCUAGUGGCACUACACGAGUAUUACAUAGUUUUUUGUUUGCAUUUUUAGCUUUUCAUCAAAAUAAAAAUGUUUCUCACAGUGAAGGAAAAACUAAUUCUUAAAAUUAUCUGGAAAAACAUGGUCAGGGCCUUGGUCUCAAUGCUUGCAAAACUAUCACUUUUAAACCAAAUUUGUCUUCUUCUAUUCUAUUCUUAUUUAACCUGGAUGUUUAAGGCCAAUUUGAAUGUCUUUUAGGCUUUCCUUUCCAAAAGUCUUACUGGGAUAUAAAAAGAUUAAAAGAAUCUGUUUCAAAAUAAUGACAAUCACAUUGGGAGAGAAUGUAGAUAACGACAAGUGCRGCUUUUGAGUUUGCUAAAGAUGUUGGACACCAGCACCUAGUGGCUAAAAGUGGUAUUGCAAUGCUUCAUAAUUUAGUUACUAAAAUCCAGUCAGACUAGGUCCUCCCUCGUUUACAGCUACACAUGUUGAGUGGUAUUAAUUUUCUCAUCCAGCAAAUUAAAAAAGGCAUUUUCUAAAAUGUAAUUUUUCAUUCACAUAAUUUGCUUGUUCUCAGUGCCAGACAGCCCGUUAGGUGGAGUUUUGACAAUCACAUGAAGCUAAUUUUUUUUUUGAGACAAACAAAAUGUGCAAAAAUAAAAGUAAUAACUUUUACAAAAACAUUUUUUUGAAAAAGAUGCAAUGGUCAGUUGCCGAUGGUAGUAAAAUACGAAAAAUAGAAAAUAAGGAGGGAAGUUUG